AGGUUGAGUUUGCCAGAUAUUUCCAAGCAGCUUCUGUUCCCCAAGGCAGUCCAUCACGGCUGACCGGAUAACUGGCCACUGGAUCGAUGAAGAGGAAUUCACUGAGAUGACAUAGGGAGGGGUGUCAAGGACAAUGGUGCAGAAAAAGAAGAUCUGCCCUCGGUUACUCGACUACCUUGUGAUCAUUGGAGCCAGGCAGCCAAGUAGCGACAGUGUUGCUCAGACUCCUGAACUGCUGCGACGUUACCCUCUAGAAGACCAUGUGGACUUUCCUCUGCCACCUGAUGUUGUAUUCUUCUGCCAGCCAGAAGGAUGCCUGAGCGUGCGGCAAAAACGCAUGAGCUUCCGUGAUGACACUUCCUUUGUCUUCACGCUGACAGACAAGGAUACAGGUGUCAUUCGCUAUGGAAUCUGCGUCAACUUCUACCGCUCCUUCCAGAAGCGCGUACCCAAGGAGAAGGGAGAAGGAGCAGGGGGGCAUCGAGCACGAGAGGGACAGAAAAUCCCCAAGUCUGGGGAUGCAUCUGCACCUCAAGAGGAAGCGGCCACCGAGAAUUCGGAGAGCGGAUCUUCGCUGCAGGCUCCAAGUACAGAGUCCACCCCAGAUGUGAAUCGGUCACCGCGCAGUAAGCGUCCGGCCAAGGGCAGCCAUCGCUCUCGGAACAGCACCCUGACUUCUCUGUGCAUCCUUAGUCAUUAUCCCUUCUUCUCCACCUUCCGUGAGUGUCUGUACACCCUCAAGAGACUUGUGGACUGCUGUAGUGAGAGAUUGUUGGGCAAGAAGUUGGGGAUUCCUCGUGGGGUGCAGAGGGACACAACGUGGCGGAUUUUCACAGGCUCCCUCCUGGUAGAAGAAAAAUCUAGUGCAUUGCUACACAACUUGAGGGAGGUCGAGGCCUGGAUAUACCGGCUGCUCCGUUCACCGAUGCCUGUUGCUGGUCAGAAGCGGGUGGAUGUGGAAGUCUUGCCGCAUGAGUUGCAGCCAGCUUUGACCUUUGCUCUUCCUGAUCCAUCUCGCUUCACCUUGGUGGAUUUUCCAUUACAUCUGCCUUUGGAGUUGUUGGGAGUGGAUGCCUGCCUGCAGGUGCUUACCUGCAUCCUUCUGGAGCACAAGGUUGUGUUGCAGUCCAGAGACUAUAAUGCUCUCUCCAUGUCUGUGAUGGCCUUUGUGGCUAUGAUCUACCCACUAGAGUACAUGUUCCCAGUCAUCCCCCUGCUUCCCACCUGCAUGGCCUCUGCAGAACAGUUGCUUCUAGCCCCUACACCUUAUAUCAUUGGUGUUCCAGCAAGUUUCUUCCUUUACAAACUGGAUUUUAAAAUGCCCGAUGAUGUAUGGCUUAUUGACCUGGAUACCAAUAGGGUGAUUGUUCCCACAAAUGCAGAAUCUUUGCCAGCACUGCCAGAGCCAGAAGCUUCAGAACUGAAAAAGCAUCUGAAACAGUGUCUGGUUAGCAUGACUGCAAUCACUCAGAAACAGAUGCUCACUCCUGACAACAAGGCACUGGCCAGCAUGAGUCUGAAUACUCAGCCCAUUCUUAAUUUAGAGAAGUUCCAUGAGGGGCAGGAGGUGCCACUGCUGCUGGGAAGACCGCAGAAUGAUUUGCAGUCUACUCCCUCCACAGAAUUCAACCCUCUGAUCUAUGGAAAUGAUGUGGACUCUGUGGAUGUGGCUACCAGGGUUGCUAUGGUGAGAUUCUUCAACUCCCCAAAUGUUUUGCAAGGUUUCCAGAUGCAUACUCGCACUCUUCGACUCUUCCCACGACCAGUGGUGGCCUUCCAGGCAAAUUCUUUUCUUGCCUCUAGGCCGAAGCAAACACCUUUUGCAGAUAAGCUUUCCAGGACACAGGCAGUAGAAUACUUUGGAGAAUGGUCACUCAACCCUACUAACUAUGCUUUCCAAAGAAUUCAUAACAACAUGUUUGACCCAGCGCUGAUUGGUGACAAACCGAAGUGGUACGCUCACCAGCUGCAGCCCAUCCACUAUCGUGUCUAUGACAGUAACUCCCAGCUGGCUGAAGCACUGAAUGUCCCAGUAGAGAAAGAAACAGAUUCUGAUCCCACUGAUGACAGUGGCAGUGACAGUGUCGACUAUGAUGACUCAAGUUCCUCCUACUCCUCCCUUGGUGACUUUGUCAGUGAGAUGAUGAAAUGUGACAUUAAUGGUGAUACCCCAAAUGUUGACCCCCUGACUCAUGCAGCCCUUGGUGAUGCUAGUGAAGUGGAAUUUGAUGAUUUUCAAGAAUAUUCAGGGGAUCUGGAUGAACAGGCCAUGGACAGUGAAAACUCCCAAGAGAACAACCAGCCUCGUUCAAGUUCCAGUACUACAGCCAGUAGCAGCCCCAGCACUGUCAUCCAUGGAGCGAAUCAUUUGUAUGUAAUGCAAAUUAGCGAACAGAUCAAUGAUUUGACUGGUCCACAGGAGUCAGCAGAUUCAGCAGAAAUGGAAGAGAAGUUGGUUGCUGGAUUUUCAAACCACCUCCCUUCCUUGCCACUGCAACCAAAUUUUCCUAAGAUAAGCUUGGAUCGUCGUGAGAGUGACAGCGCGACCGGCAGCAUGAGCUCCUCAGAAGGGGUGGUGAGGAAGCGAGAGUAUGACAACCCCUACUUCGAACCACAGUAUGGUUUUCCUACGGAGGAUGAAGAUGAUGAGCAGGAAGAAAGCUACACCCCAAGAUUUAACCAGAAUCUCAAUGGAAGCAGGUCUCAGAAGUUACUCCGUCCAAACAGUUUAAAACUGGGCAAUGAUUCUGAUGCAGAUUCAGAUUCCAGGGCCAGCUCCCCAAACUCUACUGUCUCCAACAACAGCAGUGAAGGUUUUGGGGGCAUCAUGUCUUUUGCAAGCAGCCUGUACAGAAACCACAGCACAAGUUUCAGUCUGUCCAACUUAGCCUUACCAACCAAAGUUGGGAGAGACAAGAACACUCCCUUUCCCAGCCUGAAAGAUUACUUUAAUCUGGAAGUGGGAAGGGAUGUGGAUGAAGUAUUUGGGUUAAAUACUAUAAUGGAGAUUAUUACUGAAGCUGGCCCAGUAAGCAAUGAAGGAAACAGACGAGCCCUUGUGGAUCAAAAGUCUUCAGUCAUUAAGCACAGCCCAACAGUCAAGAGAGAAUCUCCAUCACCUCAGGGACGAACUAGCAAUUCCAGUGAGAACCAGCAGUUCCUGAAGGAGGUGGUACACAAUGUUCUCGAUGGGCAAGGUGUUGGCUGGCUGAACAUGAAGAGAGUCCGACGGCUGCUGGAGAGUGAGCAGCUCCGUGUCUUUGUACUAAGCAAGCUGAAUCGCACGAUCCAGUCAGAAGAAGACGCUCGACAGGAUGUCAUACAGGAUGUGGUCAGUGCUGAACUCAGCAGGGUCCUCAUACCUGGAGUCUGCUGA